CUACGUUUACUUUUUAACGCAUUUGACGUCGUGGUUGUUGUUCGGGACUACGCUAACCAGAAUGCAGCACGUUAUCAAUCGGAAUGUGAUUGGUGGGUGAAAACUCGCUUCAGGAAGCAGUGUGGUGAAUUACAUUUGCCCAUUUGCCAACUGAAAAUCCUCACGAUAAUCUGCCUCAGAGAUUCCAACUACAAGAGUGUAGUCAUGGCUGGAAGGAGAGUCCUGGUCUUCCCCUCAUCAGCAGAGCUCGGUCCAGUCCUGGCCCAGCUGGUGACUUCACGGGCUGGGAAGGCCAUCGGCUCUCAUGGCAGGUUCACUCUGGGACUCUCUGGAGGAAGCCUUGUGUCCAUGCUUAGCAAAGAGCUGCUUGCCCUGUCAGAGCUGGACUGCAGCAAGUGGUUGGUCGGCUUCUGCGACGAGCGCCUGGUUUCCUUUGACGAUCCAGAGAGCACCUACGGGCUAUACAAGAGUCAGUUAUUUUCCAAGAUCAACAUCCCCGAAAGUGGGAUCUUGACGAUCGACUGUUCUCUGCCAGUGAACGAGUGCGCUGAGGAUUACACGCGUAAACUGAAAGAGGUCUUCCCAGAUGAUGACUUCCCUGUGUUUGACCUAUUGCUGUUGGGAAUGGGGCCUGAUGGACACACCUGUUCUCUUUUCCCAGACCACCCUCUUCUGGAGGUGAGGGGCUCUUAUUCUAACAGUGGUCUUCUACAAUAG